AUGAAUGGACAUUGUACAACAGUUGCCAAACCAGAAUGUUCCCUCCCAAUUGGGGAACACUUCAGCAGUCAAAAACAUUCAUCCUCCAAUCUUCAGAUAAGCGUCUUCAAAGUUGGCCUUCAAGAUACGCAACACAGAAUCAUUGAGCAGAAGCUGAUAGCCAAGUUCCGUACGCAUGAAGAUAGCCUCAAGGAUGAUCUUGGAUCUGUGACCAGUGGUGUUCUGCAUGGAUCAGUGCUGGGACUCUUGUUGCUUGCAAAAUGGAUCCCGUGCUUGUGCAGUGGUGCUCCAUGUCUGGUGUGCUCAUGUUGUCCAACUGGGAGAACUUCCAUAGUAACACGAUUGGUGUACACAACUAUUUUAUUGAUUGGUACAACUGUUGCUGGUAUUAUGCUUAUACCUGGAGUAGAAGAUCAGCUGAGGAAGAUUCCAGGGUUCUGCGAGACUGGGUACAAUGCACAGUCGUCUGAGGUUAACCCUGCGAUCUGCAGAGUCUUAGUGGGUUACAAGUCUGUGUACCGUGUCUGUUUUGGCAUGACCACUUUCUUUCUGCUGUUAGCUUUGCUUAUGAUCAAUGUGAGAAAUAGCAAGGAUCCCAGGGCUCUAGUACACAACGGCUUCUGGUUAUUCAAGUUUGGAGCACUUGUAGCAAUAAUGGUUGGUGCAUUUUAUAUUCCCGAGGGACAUUUCAGCCGAGUGUCAUUUGGAAUUGGUUCAGCUGGUGCUUUUUGUUUUAUUCUGACUGAAUUGGUGCUGCUGGUUGACUUUGGUAAUUCCUGGAAUGAAUCCUGGCUAAAAAAAUCAGAAGAAGGUGGAUCACGGUGUUGGUACUUUGCACUUCUAGCAGUUACAUGUCUGAAUUAUGUGUUAUCAUUAACAACUGCAAUCCUCUGCUAUGUGUUUUACACUACAGUUGAAGGCUGUAUUGAAAAUAAAUUUGUUAUCAGCUUCAACAUACUUAUUUGUGUUGUAGCUUCUUUAAUAUCAGUUCAUCCAAAGGUCCAGGAAUUUCAGCUUUGUACUGGCCUCCAAUCCUCCAUAAUUACUCUGUAUAUUAUGUACCUCACUUGGUCAGCAAUGACAAAUGAGCCAGAUGACAAGUGUAAUCCGAGUAUGAUGAGCUUUUUCGAGCGGACAUUUCCCAGCCCUGAUUUGAACAAUACACUGAACACAAUCAAUGUUUCAGAUACAGGAUUGAACUGGGAUGGCCAAUGCAUUGUUGGCUUGGCAUUGUUCCUUAUUUGCAUCUUAUAUUUGAGCAUAAGGAAAUCCAGUUGCACACAGAGGCAUAGUCACUCCAUCAGUAAUCCAGACACUGGAUCUUUGGAAAGCGUAUCAAUACAGGAAGGUUGUGAAGAGGUGCAUCGCUUUCAGGAUAAUGAAAAAGAAGGUGUUCAUUACAGCUAUUCUUUUUUCCACUUUAUACUUUUUCUGGCUUCCAUGUACGUUAUGAUGACACUAACUAACUGGCACAGUCCUGAUUUUAAGAGCAUAUCAAGCAGUUGGAUUGCAGUAUGGAUGAAAAUUGCUUCCAGUUGGGUCUGCAGCUCCCUUUACAUCUGGACACUGGUGGCUCCUCUUGUACUUGCAAAACAAGAUGAUUUUGAAGAACACAUAAACUAA